UGUAACCACUUUGGCAGUUUGGCACGGAUGAAAAGGACUUGGAGGCUUAGAGCCCUCCUCGCAACCCGCUGUCCGCUGCGUUGAGGAGUCGAAGAGGAAGAAAAGUAAGGGAGGAAAAGGAGAAGAUGGUGAGGGUAGCCACAUACUUCGCGAUGACACUGGGGGCCUUCAUCUUCUGGCAAUCAAUGGAGAAAGUUCAUGUCUGGAUUGCUCUCCAUCAGGACGAGAAGAAAGAAAGAUUGGAAAGGGAAAUGGAAAUUAAGAGGGUUAGAGAAGAACUACUGCAUCAACAAGCCAGGCAAAAGGAUUCUCUUGCAUAGUCUUCUCGUUUUGUUGGUGGCAGCUACGAAUGCUUCCUAUUUUGUAAUUUUCUGUCCUAGAAUUGUUCUAAUCUUUUGCGAACUAAAUCUUCAUAAAAUACAGUAACAUUCUGGACUGAAUCCUUUGGUUGAAAAUGGAAAAUUAUUUGCUUUUUUCUAUUUA